AAUAUCAAGAAAUACCAACGUUGGAAAAUUAAUACAACGUAUUUGAACAGUCGUCGUGGUACACCUGAGAGUGACAUAAGCAUAUCGAUUAGCGUGGGGGCUUGCAAGCUGAGUUCAGUAUGUCAGUGGUAUAUUAAUUGGUUUUACUUUGAUAGCGUUUGCUCCUGAAUUGUUUUUAAGAGGCGUGUGCUAUUUUUUGACAUGCCAGUCGUUUUGGGUCGUGGGAGGCGGGUAUGAUGUAUUGAGGAGAGAAGUGUUGUUCGGUGCUGAAUAUCGUCAUAUUGGGUGUCGUAAAUGAUAAUACUGAAGAUCCAGUAACUUACUCGAGUGCAUGUUGAAUAUUGUAGGAAAUUUCUAACGGAAUCCUAUAUUUAUUUUUCUGAUAGAAGUGAGAAGAAAAUAAUUUCACCAUGGCUGAGCAAGGAUUUCCAAGUCAACACACCACCACAACUACUGUAACAUCUUCCAAUACUACUGUUCAGACUAAUAUUAGAUUUGAUGCAUUAUAUAUUCGAACCUUACCUGGAAUGCUCAAAGUUGGACAGAUUGCCUUCAAUCUUCUGGGUUUUAUUUCCAUGUUGUGUUCAAUAACUCGUCACUUUUCACGAGGAGAAUGGUUCAAUACUGUGGCAAUGGGGGGGUUUUGGUUCACAGGAAUUAUGUUGGUUCUUUAUUUAUUUCAUGUUGUGGAGAAAUUCUACAGAAUUCCUUGGUUGAAGAUUGAAUUUGUCUUCUGUGCCAUUUGGACAGUAUUUUACCUCAUAGCAGCAUCUCUUGCGUGUGCAGCUGGCAAUGUCUCAGAGGCUAACAUUGUUGCUGGAAUUUUUGGAUAUGUAGCAAUGGUGUUGUAUGCAUAUGAUGCAUUCCUGAAAUUCCAAGGUAUUCGAAGCGGAGCCAUUGCACAGGGAGAUCGGGUGGUCAAUAAAUCAUCAAGCACAACUACGUCACCAGCCUAUUGAACUGAAGCAUUCUUUCAUCACUUCUGUUUUGUUGUUUUAACUCAAGUAUAUUUAACUUUGGUAAUGAAGUUGUUACAAUAAUCUUGAGUGGAGGAGAAUUGUUAUUAAACUUCUUUGGGAGAUGGAAUAAUGAAGUUCGGACAACAAUUUAAGUUCUUGACUAUGGUCUAAGCAUUUCAGAAAGAUAUAAUUAUUAAUUUGCAACACCAAUGUAAUGAGCAAUAAGUACAAAAAUGCUUUAUUUCAAACUGGGCAUUGAACUUUCUGUAAAUGAAUACUUAAAUGAUAUUAAUUUUCUGCUUACAUUGAUAGCAUUUUCAAGGUCAAGGUUUUUAUUUUGUACAAAAAGAUAAAGGAGUCUGUAGAUUUUUAUCUCCUAAAUUUAGUUGAUACUAAUCUGAAGAUAAAACAUUGGGGCCAAUUCAAAUGCAAUAGUGUUCAUAUUAUUUGUUGGUACUCCUUUGAGGAAGAUGCUGGAAAGUAGUUCCAAAAAAAAAAAAACAUUCGUGAACUAGAUUUGCCCUAAAAAUCAUAUGAUUAUUCACAUAUUGAUGAUAUAAUAAUGUUUUGUAAUAACUAUACUGAAGUACUUAGUUGCUCCGUCUUCUUUAUAUUAACAAUUGGAGCUGAUGAGGUUAAUAGAUAUCAUCUACAGCUACAGAAUCGGAAAAUUUAUUAUAAACCUCAUAAAUAUGGUUUAUACUUAACAGCAGCUAAUAGUUUACCAAUACUAAAUCAGCAAAAAUUAAUAAGCAUAUUGAUUUUUUCCCCCUUAUUUCUUUUUGAUGUAACGUGUUGCUUUAUUUGUUUAUUUGAAUAAUUUAGAAGUAUUCAACCUUCAUUCAUGCAUAUCUUAUCUCUGUGUUUACGUAUGCUGAUUAAAAAGUAAUCAUUUGAAGGUUCAAAAAGGUAGCCAAGGAGUAACAGACUUAAUUUUAAAGUAUGGGGUUCAGUUUAAAAUCUUAUCAUAUUUGCAAUGGUGCAAUUACUUAAAAUAAUAAAAUAAAUUUCACUGCUGUCAUUGAAUACAUUAUGAUAUAGGAUUGGUUUAUUAAACCGCAAUCGGCUAUUGUCUUAUGGUUCAUGACUGGCUGUUUCAGCACCAUUGUUGUAGUCCAAUAUUUAUGGUUUAUUAGUUCAUUGUGUGUUAACAGAUCUGAAACAAAACACAUUAUAGUACACUUUAUACCUUUGUGGAACAUUCACUUUCUUUAUACCUGGGUGAAUCUUGUGAAUUAUUUACAAGCCAACAAAUGACACCAAUUUGUUUUUAUGAAUUCAAUUUAUCAUUAUUAAAUAAUUAUAAAAAGCAUUUAGUAAAUGGGACAGUAUUUAAAUAAAGAAAUUAAUUGGGACCUUUUAACUCUUAACCCCCUCAAACCUGUUUAACUGUAACCUCACGACUCACCCACUGGACCUCUCUAACUCAAGUCAUGCCAACUGGUUCCUCUCAAACUACAUCCACUGGAACCUCAGUAACUCGCAACACAGCUACUGGAAUCUCACUAAUUCUAAUCCAGUUGAUUAUGUAAAUUUGCCACACCGGUUUUCAAAGAGAUGCUAUUUGUAAUUGGAUACACACUGUUUUUAUCUUGCACCAUAUUGACAAAUGGCAAUUGAUGCAUCUCCGUACUUUUGAUUCAAAAUAAAUUUUUUGAAUUCUUGAUUGAUUCAGCAACAGACUAGUAAACCAUAAAGUUUUGUAUGCACCACAAGUGUUAAUUGAUGUUUUUGUCCCUUAGAUGACUUCCAAUCCCUCGGGCCAGAGAUCCUUGGAUUUUGAAGUCAUCUGAGGGGCAAAAAACAUAAAGUAACCCUUCAGGUCACAAGCCCACGGUGCCAAAACAUUUACUUAAUGCCCUAGAUAUAUAAAUAACUAUCCUCGUUGUGAACGUCUCUUGCUUAGAGAAGCAUGUUCUUGUUAGCGGUAUGCUAUGUUUAUGUGAAUGUUGCAUUUCUCAACCCAUGCUGUGCCUUUACCAUCUGAUUUGUCUGGAUUUACUAUUUAGAUAGUAUAUGGUUUAAUGUUACCAGGAGUUUAGAUAACAAUGAUCAAUCAUCUUUUCAAUCGUAAUGUUAUAUAUUGUUGCUGCAGGAAUGACUCAAACAAUCUUUUCCUGUACUUUUAUUGAUGUGAAUUUACUCACAGCAAUAAGCUUGCAUUCACCUUGUCCUAAAAUAUUGACUGAUUCAAUUUUUUGUCACUUGAAAGUACAAUGUUUGUUAUAAUAUAUAUGUAUAUUUAGUUAAUUGUCAAAAGCAAUGUUUUACAUCCAGUUAUAAAACAUUUUUAUGACAUCUUGACAAUACAUUGUCCCACAAAUCAAUGAAAGGACCAAUGAAAUAUAUAUAUAUACAUACAUACACAAGUACACACAUUAUUUGUAAAACAGUAUGUAUGGUCGCAUUCAUGUAUAGCUAAGAACAUAUCCCUUUUGCAAAAUAUAUAUGUAUACAGAAACAACUACCACACAUUAUUUUUAACAUAUCAUAAGAUAUAAUAGUUUAUUUACUAAGGUAAUAUGAAUAAUAUACGAGAUGUUUUGUGGUUUCAUUGUUAUAAAUGUUGUCAUUCCAAGAAUGUUAGGUAUUUUUAAAACUGAAAUUACAUUUAUGUAGUAUAUUAAUUUAUUGAUGUAAUUUGCUUAGCCUUGUACAAUUAAACUAAUAGUUUGCAAAAUAUUGGUAUUACCAUACUGUAAUUGUUAUGACAUUAUUAUGAAAACAAUGUCAAAAUGUUAUGUACAGAAUAUUUUUACGAAGAAAAAACUUAAAAUCAAGUUUGAGUAUUGUGCACUCUAGAAUAUUUUUAUGAAGAAACAACUUAAAAUCAAUUUUGAAUAUUGUGCACUCUCUAUUAAAAUGUUUAAGGUUUGUUAAAUAUUGUACCUCAGGAAGCACUGUUGCAGGUAAAAUGUUAUGUUGAAAUGUCAUAACUGAAAUAAUAUUGUUAAAGUUUUUUGGAAGGUAAGGGAAUUGAGAACUUGUUUCAUGUUCUUUGUUUUAUUACUAUAGUGAAUCAGGUUUCAGCAUUCUCAAAAGUAAUUACCAUACUGAACAUUUAUUUGUGUUUCUUGACCUCAAGAUUGUGUUGUGUGAAAGUCUCUUCCAUCUUGUGAUAAAUGUUUUUUUUAUUUUUAUUUUCCAUUAUAUAUAUAAUUAUGUCAUACCAAUUUUAGGAAUGUUAAUUAUUGUAACUCGAUAUGGAAACAUUUUUUACAAAAUGUUUCAUUAUUACUUUUUUCUGACAUUAGCAAUUACUAUUCUUGCAUUUUUUGAAAGGAAGUCUAUACAUUAAUUCUAUUGUGUUUAUUUCAACUUGGGAGAAAUGUCAACACUAAUUCAGGUGUCUUCUAUAAUUUAUUUUUAUUAUUAGUAUAAAUAGUCUAAAUGAAAGCUAUUGUCGCUUCCAAAACAUUGCUUAUUUCUAGUAGUAAACAAAAAAUAAAACUUGCCAAAUAUUCAGAAUUCUUUUGGAAGUAACUUCACCUGAUUGCCCAUAUCUCCAAUGUUUUUGUACCUUGUGAUUAGGGUGAGGUUUUUUCCUACAGAGUCAUAUCUAUUUUGCCACGUGUGGUUUUGUAUAUACAGCAGACAACUAUUUUUCAUAAGCUGGCAUUUACUAUUGUUUAUACAGAUUACAAAGAAUUCAGUCAACAAAUCUGACCAAGUCAUGUUGGGACCAAUAAUUUUUGUUGAACUACAAAUUUAUUUCAGAAAUUGUAACAAGAUACACAAAUAUUUAUUAGAUCUGUAAAUUUGAACAAAAUGGAAGAUAUUCAAGAAGGUAACUACUGAUUGGAUUUUGUUAAAAAAUAAAACUUGGCAAGUAGUAGAUCUAAAUCUUGAUGGCAUCUUUUAAUCAUCUACAUUGUGAUGAAAUGUAUACUGCAAGUAAAUUAUGUAUGAAACUAGUAUAUUCAGUCUUGAAACCAAAAAUGUGCUUGUUUUUCCCUGCAUUUUACAGCAGAUGUUGUUUGUUUUUUUUGUAACUGACUAAGCCUUCUCUAUAAUGACACCUAAGCAAUUAACCAGUCAUUGUAUUUUUGUCUACAUAUUAAAACAUAAUAGAAUAAUG